GGAAAAUGCCGCUAAAAUCAGAAAAGUUGUGAUUUUUUUUUUCUUCAAAAUAGUACAAAACCAACGAAGGUGUUCGACAUUUAACGGCGUGGCAAACUGUAUAUAAAGGCUUCAAGUACACACUUUUAUGUCCUAUUUUUGUUAGCUCAAAACACCAUCAAUAUGAAUGUUCAACGCAUCGUAUGGUCAUAGCCAUCUUCCUUUGUAAUUUUUCAUAACUACACAGUGGUUUUCUGUGAAGGUCCCUUGAACAAACAGGACUUGGAGUUUUUCUGAGCUGGGUUGGAGCUGAAUCCAAGCUUAUUUUGGCAGGUGUAUUAUUUGCUGCUACAAAACCAUUUCAACAUUUUCGUAUAGAAGACUUUUCAGAUCUUUCUGUUACUACUUGAAAAUGGGUUUAUAUGAGCAUUCGGAUGUUAUUCAGUGGGGUAUUGAUUUUCUUGAUGGUGACAAUGGUUACUGUCCUGGAUACUAUAGUAAUGCUUAUCAAUAUGAUAAUGGUGAUGCCUAUACUGAACACUGCUACCAUAGCCAUUAUGAUCCCUAUAUUGGAGACUGCUCCUUCCGUAGCCAUUAUGAUGCCGAAGAAAGUAACCAAGUGGAGAAUGAUGAGAUCAUUGCACGUACUCUUCAGGAAGAGUUUCAACAGCUACAGAUUGCUGAGCAAUCAAGACAGUCGCAAGCAGAAGAACAGCAGUUCCCUGUAUCUGAUUAUUGGCCUAAUACACCAACUGGGAACUAUUGUACACCAGGUCAUGACUAUACUCACGAAGAAGUUAAUGGCGUAGGAACUUCUUAUUCAUGUUAUAGUCCUCAUGAAGUGACAGGAUACUCAUUGGAGCAAACAGACAAAUAUCCCUUUGAUGAUGAAAUUGAGAAGAGAUUGAGUCAGAUGGAUCCAAUUCGUCAUGUUCCAAGAAUAAAUGGAGAAAUUCCUUCUAUUGAUGAAGCAACUUCGGAUCAUCAGAGGCUUCUAGAUAGAUUGCAGUUAUUCGACUUUGUGGAGCAUCAGGUUCAAGGUGAUGGCAAUUGUCAGUUUCGUGCAUUAUCCGAUCAACUAUAUAACACGCCUGAUCACCAUGAGCUUGUGAGACAAGAAGUUGUGAACCAGCUGAGAUCACAUCGAGAGAUUUACGAGGGAUAUGUUCCCAUGGAGUAUGGUGCUUAUUUGGAGAAGAUGUCUAAGAGUGGUGAAUGGGGGGAUCAUGUCACUCUUCAAGCGGCUGCAGAUUCGUAUUGUGUAAGAAUUUUUGUGAUGACUUCUUUCAAGGAUACUUGUUGCAUAGAGAUUGUUCCUCAUUUUGAGAAACAAAAAGGAGUGAUUUUCAUCAGCUUUUGGGCAGAGGUGCAUUACAACUCAAUCUAUCCUCAAGGAGAUAUACCUUCAAUUGAAUCAAGAAGGAAGAAAAGGUGGUGGAACUUUGGGACUAGGCAUUAAGAUUGUGUAGCAACAAAUUAUUUGGUGCCACUCUCCCUUUUAGACCAAUGGAUUUCUGUAUUCAAAUUCAUCAUCUAAGGGUCGCCUCAGGAGAAAUCAUUGCAUGCUUUGAGCACAGUAAAUGCAUAUUUUAGGAACAUUACAAUGUUUUUAAAAGUUUAAUACUAUACGAAUAUACCCAGAACAAAGAAUUAUAGAUGAUCAUAAAAUAUGUAAUAAAUGUGCUCCAAAACCAUAUAAGUAUUUCUCGUUGUACAGGAGCAAGAACUUUUUGUGGUGCUAUAGUAUAACCUUCAUGUGCCACAUUUCUGAAUAAAUCAAUUUGAUUUUCCUCCUUAUUAACAAUAUAA